GCAGCAGCCCGCAACCCCCGCCUUGCCGGGAGGCUGGAGGGCUCCUCCAAGUCCCGCCUAAACAGCUGCUGAAUGGCCGGCGCGGCUGCCGCUCAGCCCAGGCCCCUCGCCGCCUGCCCCACCACGGACAACAGCGGGGAAUGGAUGGGGCUGGGAGGACCGGCGUGGCUUCCGUCGAGAAACCUCGCUGAGAGCGGACGAGGCGCGGGCCCCAGCAGUGGGAGUCCUCCCCGCCGAGGAGCCGGAGGCCGCCGCCGGCCACCCCCUGAGAUCAUCGAUAUGGCAGAACUACUUGAGCUAGAAGAGACAAUCAACUGGAAAGAAAGAUGUAUAGCUUUGGAGUCUCAGCUGAUAAAGUUUCGCCUUCAAGCAAGUAAAAUCAGAGAGUUGUUAGCAGAGAAGAUGCAGCAACUUGAAAAACAAGUUAUUGAUGCAGAUCGUCAAGCAGAAAAAGCUUUUCAACAGGUACAGAUUAUGGAGGAGAAAUUAAAAGCUGCUAAUAUCCAAACCAGCGAGUCAGAAACUAGGCUGUAUAAAAGGUGUCAAGAUCUGGAGACUUUGGUGCAGGAGAAAGAUGAUAUUGUACAGAAUUUGGAGCAACAGCUUAUAGAGCAGAAACAAAUAAGAAUGCAAGAGGCAAAAGUUAUAGAAGAGAAAGCGGCUAAGAUAAAAGAAUGGGUGACAUUCAAGCUCCAUGAGCUAGAAGUGGAGAACCAGAAUCUUCGCCUGAUCAGCCAAAACCAAACUGAAGAGAUGAGGAUAUUGCAGAUUAAAUUGCAAGAGAUUCAGGGGAAGAAAUCUGUUCCUUCGGCACAAAAACCUGGAGAAGGCCAAAGGCUGAGCAGUUUAACUUUUGGGUGCUUCCUAAACAGAGCAAGAAGUCCUCAGCAAGUUGCUAAACCUGAAGAUACAAGCAAUUCCACAUCCAAGCAAGCUGAACUUAGUGAAGGCAAUGAAAUUUUAGAGAAAGAAAUCCAAGAAACAUCCCUUGCCGCCCAAAUGUAUGGGAGUAAUAGAGGUCCAAAGCCACUGCAACAAAGCUCUUGUGGACCAGAACAGAGACAGGCACUAAUGUCAAAAGAUCUAGACAGCAAUGUGUCAAAGAACUCUUGUAUAACAGUAAGUGACUGGAGCUCUGAUGAGGAUGAAGGAGGAAAAGGAAGAUCAAAAUCCAGGUGUAUAUCUACCCUUUCAAGUCACACAUCUGAAGAAGGCACAGGCUACAGCAGAAUUGGGAGUGAAAUGUAUUUGACAGCAUCUGAUGACAGCAGUUCUUUUUUGGAAGAAGAGAGCUUUGGAGCUCAGGGAAGUGUACACAAAAAACUAUAUUCCUGGCAACAAGGGUCUCCAUGGAAAAGCCAGAACCACCUAGUCGGAAAGAUCAACUUGGAAUCCUUCAGCAAAAAGGAAGAUAGCUUUUCAGAUGAACUAAAUAAGAGAUUUCAAUCCCAGAGGCUAGAUUAUUCAUCUUCUUCUAGUGAGGCAAAUACCCCAAGUCCAAUUUUAACUCCUGCACUAGCACCUAAGCACCCAGCAUUGGUGCUGGCAGCAGACUUUCAGCCUGGAAGGCAACUGGAUUCUCCAUCUAAUCUGCCACCACCAAAGCUGAGGACUCCCAGUGUCUUCACCAUAAGUGCAGCAUUAGCAAAAAAACAUUUCAGCCAGCCUCCUCUGUGUUCUGACAAAAUGUUUGGCAGAAACAGAAAUGCUAUAAGUAUGAUACGUCCUUUCAAGCCGCAGGAAACAGACAUUGAUCAAGUGGAUGGGGAAGGGACAGAUGUGCUAGAGAAAAUGGAAAUUAGCUGCAAUGACGAAUUGUUUACCUAUGACUCCUGUGAAACUCCACAUGCAGAAGCCCUGGACUCUGGUGAUGCAAGGAAAACUACUAGCUGCAAGCCCCCUACUCCUCCACUGCAUCGAUUCCCUUCUUGGGAAAGCAGAAUUUAUGCCAUAGCCAAGUCGGGUUUACGGUUUUCUGAGGCCUUCAACAUGGACUCCUUCAAUAAAAGUACUACUUCUUCAACUUCAUAUUCCCCAUCAGGACUCUAUACAUCAUUAAUAUACAAGAAUGUGACAACCCCAGUCUACACAACUCUUAAAGGGAAAGCAACACAAAUAAGUAACAACCCCUUCUUAGAUGAAUCCUCUGGAUCUGAAGAAGAAGAUAGUUCCCAGUCCAGUUCACAGACAUCUGAAUCAGACUCGCGAAGCAGAAGUGGCCCAGGUAGUCCCAGGGCUAUGAAACGAGGUGUGUCUCUGUCCUCAAUGGCCUCAGAAGGUGACUAUGCUAUUCCUCCUGAUGCCUACUCAACAGAUACAGACUAUUCAGAACCAGAACAGAAAUUGCCUAAAACCUGCUCCUCAUCUAGUGAUAAUGGAAAAAAUGAACCACUGGAAAAAUCUGGAUAUUUGUUGAAAAUGGGUGGUAAAAUAAAGACCUGGAAACGACGAUGGUUUGUGCUUAAAGGGGGUGAACUGCUUUACUACAAAUCUCCGAGUGAUGUAAUACGGAAACCCCAAGGUCAAAUCGAACUAUGUGCAUCCAGCCGUAUCGUAAAAGGUGAUGGAAAACAAACAGUUCAGCUAACUACUGAAAAACGGACAUAUUACUUGACUGCGGAUUCCCCAAAUAUCUUAGAAGAGUGGAUCAAAGUACUGCAGGAUUUUCUUAAAGUACAGGCUGCAAGUCAACUUUUAAUUCAGCCAGAUGUCAAACCGGCUAUGAAAGGCCUGCUUACCAAGGUAAAACAUGGAUACUCCAAGAGAGUGUGGUGUAUGUUGGUUGGAAAAACUUUGUAUUAUUUCCGCAGUCAAGAAGAUAAGUUUCCUUUGGGCCAGAUAAAGCUUUGGGAGGCUAAAGUUGAAGAAGUUGACCGGUCCUGUGACUCAGAUGAAGAUUAUGAAGCCAGUGGCCGUAGCCUAUUAUCAACUCAUUAUACCAUUGUCAUCCAUCCUAAAGAGCAAGGGCCAACCUAUCUGCUUGUAGGAUCCAAACAUGAGAAGUGUUUUCUUUCCAAGGACACAUGGCUCUAUCACCUAACAGUUGCUGCUGGAAGCACAAAUAUAAAUGUUGGGACAGAAUUUGAACAGCUUGUCUGCAAACUGUUAAAUAUAGAAGGGGAACCCACCUCUCAGAUUUGGAGACAUCCUACUCUUUGUCACAGCAAAGAUGGUAUUAUUUCUCCUCUUACAACUCUUCCAUCUGAGGCAUUGCAAACAGAAGCUAUAAAACUAUUUAAGACUUGCCAGUUGUUUAUAAAUGCUGCAGUGGACUCUCCUGCCAUUGAUUACCAUGUAUCUUUGGCCCAAAGUGCUUUGCAAGUCUGCCUCACACAUCCAGAACUUCAAAAUGAAAUCUGCUGCCAGUUGGUUAAGCAGACAAGAAGAAGGCAGCCACCAAAUCAGAUAGGACCAGUUCAGGCCUGGCAGCUUUUAGCCCUCUGUGUUGGACUCUUCCUUCCCCAGCACCCAUUCCUUUGGCUCAUCAAACUUCACUUGAAGAAGAAUGCAGAUUCCAGGACUGAAUUUGGAAAAUAUGCAAUUUACUGUCAGCGAUGUGUAGAAAGAACACAGCAGAAUGGUGACAGAGAAGCCAGACCAUCAAGAAUGGAAAUUCUUUCAACGCUUCUAAGAAAUCCCUACCAUCAUUCCUUACCUUUUAGUAUUCCAGUGCAUUUCAUGAACGGCAUAUACCAGGUUGUUGGGUUUGAUGCUUCGACCACAGUGGAAGAAUUUCUGAACACACUCAAUCAAGACACAGGAAUGAGGAAACCAGCCCAGUCAGGUUUUGCUUUGUUUACUGAUGAUCCUUCUGGCAAGGAUAUAGAACACUGUCUUCAAGGAAACAUCAAGAUCUGUGACAUUAUUUCUAGAUGGGAACAGGCCUCCAAAGAGCAACAUCCUGGGAAAUGUGAAGGCACAAGAACUGUGCGACUCACUUACAAAAACAGACUCUAUUUUUCAGUUCAAGUCCGUGGAGAGACAGAAAGGGAAAAGCUGUUGUUAAUGUAUCAGACAAAUGAUCAAAUUGUCAGUGGCCUCUUCCCUGUAAACAAAGAGCUGGCACUAGAAUUAACAGCACUUCUGGCUCAGGUGGAGAUUGGGGACUUUGAAAGGCCUUUCUCAACUCCCACAGGACAAGUCACUUCCCAGUCCAAAUCUAAUCAAACUUUAAAACAAGUUUUGGAGAAGUUUUAUCCAAAAAGAUAUAAAGAUGGCUGUUCAGAGGAGCAAUUGAGACAGCUUUGCCAGAGACUGUCAACAAAGUGGAUGGCUCUUCGUGGUCACAGCAGUGCAGACUGUGUGCGCAUUUACCUUGUGGUUACUCGAAAAUGGCCUUUCUUUGGAGCCAAAUUGUUUGCAGCUAAACCUCUAACAACAUCUGCUUUGGAGACUCCUUUGAUAUGGCUAGCUGUUUAUGAAGAUGGCAUAAAUGUUCUUGAAUACAGCUCUAUGCGAUUAAUAGUGACAUAUUUAUACAAGAACCUGAUGACCUUUGGAGGUUAUCAAGAAGACUUUAUGCUGGUGGUUAACAAUGUGCAUACACAGGAAAAGCCAACUGAAAAACUCUUGUUUGCUAUGGCCAAGCCGAAGAUUCUUGAGAUUACUCUGCUUGUUGCCAGCUACAUUAACAACUUCCAUCAGCAAAAGAAUGCUGCUCACCAUCUUUCUGCUCCAGCACUAUUAUCUCCACAGGCAGGAAAACAAAAAACCAAGGAUGUAGGAUGUCAUCCAUUUUUGUUGAAGAACAGACCAACCAAAGGACCUACUUUAUUAUGAAAAGAUUAUAUACCUGAGAAAAUACAUGCUCAGUGCAUGUUUAUAUAUGUCAGAUAGCUACACUGGAGAAAGAAAUAGCCUGAUUUAAUUUCACUGACAUGCUCGUGGUGCCUUCCAUGGGCCAAUUCUGCUCCCAGCCUCAAAAAGUGAGGCAGAAUAUGAUCACCUUGAUCUUAAUGACUCCUGAAUCCUGGGAUAUUCAAAAUGCUAGAAUAAUCAAACUUAUUUGUAUAAAUAAUUGUAUAAAUGGGUGUUCUCUCUAUACGUAUCUGUCUGUAUAGGCCAUGCAUUUGAAUAACAAGAAAUAAUCAGUGAUUAGAUAAAUAAUACUUUGGAUACACACAGAGACACAAACUCCCCACCACCAGCAGCAGCAAGUCCAAUACUAAUAGGAAAUAUUAAUCUCCUAAAUUAUUCCUGGAGUUGGAACACAUAAAGACAACUUCUAAAUAAGUUGUUUUGUUUUUGUCCUUGGGAAAAAUUACCAACAUGUGGCAUUCAUUUAUUGGUUUCAGCAGGCUCAGUUCCACGUUUGAGGGGGCCUUCAGCCAGGCUACCUUGUUGUCAGACUAGAAGGGAUAGCUGAGCUCUUCUUGGCAGCCACACUGGUAGUGGUUAUAUAUAUAUUCCUGCACUUGCCCCCUACAUGUUGUAUGACUGGGAUGUUGCAUUGAGGUGGGAGGCAUGGUGAGGUGGGGGAGGCAUGGCAACCACAGUGCAGCUGCUGAGCUCCACUGCCACAAUAAAGCAGCAAUCACAGAGCUCUUCUCAGCAGCCAUGCUGGGGGUGGCCAUCAUUCCUUACCCACAGUGCUUCCACUCCAAUGCAGUAUGGACAGCCACAUGGCAUAGGGAGUAUUGUGGUUUAAAAUAGAGAGAGAAUGCAACUGCUGAGAAGAGCUCCCAGCUGUGGGCCAGUCCUCCCUGGUUGGCAAUGCCCUGCAUCAACAGUGGGCGCUUAUGGGCUGCUGCAGCCCUGACUGGUGCCACAUGGUGAUACCAGGCUUAGAUUUCUGGAAGAAACCACAGUAUUUAUCGGUACAAAUGAUCAUAACGGUACAAAUGAUCAUAACCCAACAUAGCUGUGUGUCCCAGUUAGGCAAGGAGCUGGAUAGUGUACCAGUUCAUAAAAGCUGCUGUUUGCCGCUAGUAUUGUUGUAACCAAAGCAUUCUAGAAAGACAUUCCGUAAAUCAUUACAUUUGUUCAAGGUAUUUCUUCACAUAUUGUCUAGGCUUGAGCUCAAUCAAAUGAGUAAAGGAAAGAAGGGGUGAUUUUAUUGCUAAUAGCUAUAACAACAUGUCACUCAUUCUUAGGAACAUAGGAAGCUGCCUUAUACCAAGUCAGACCAUUGGUCCAUCUAGCUCAGUAUUGUCUGCACAGAUGGGCAGCAAAUUCUCCAAGGCAGGCAGGAGUCUUUCUCAGCCCUGUCUUGGAGAUGCCAGGAAGGGAACUUGGAACCUUCUGCAUGCAAGCAUGCAGAGGCACUUCCCAGAGCGGUCCCAUCUCCUAAAGGAAAUAUCUUACAGUGCCCACAUGUAGCCUCCCAUUCAAAUACAAACCAGGUAGGAUUCUGCUUAGCAAAAGAGACAAUUCAUGCUUACUACCAUAAGACCAGCUCUCCUCCCCUAGAGCUGGUUCUCAUUCUUGAGAUGCCAGUUCUAGGAUUUUACUUACAAACCAAGUAACUAGAGAGUGGGAUUUCCAAGUUGUUGCUUAGCAGCUAAGGAAGCAAGCAAACUGAAUCCAAGCCACAUUCAUCUUCUUUAACCAAGCACCAAGAGAACAAAGGAGAAUUCACAGCCUGUAGUAGUAGGUUGCAAGUUCCCAGUCUCUGCCUAAUCGGAGACUGAUUCUUUGACGUCUUUCCAAAAACUACAGGUAGUCUUACAGCUCCACUACAUGUGAAGAAUAGCCUUCUAACUUCCCACAUUGGGUAAAAAUCACUGAAUAAUCACUAUUAUUAUUAUGUAUUCAAUUUCUAUACCACGCUUCCAAACAUGGCUCGGGGCGGUUUACACAGAGAAAUAACAAAUAAAUAAAUAAAAUGGCUCCCUGUCCCCAAAGGGCUCACAAUCUAAAAAGAAACAUAGGAGAGACACCAGCAACAGUCACUGGAGAUACUGUGCUGGGGGUGGAUAGGGCCAGUUACUCUCCCCCUGCUAAAUAAAGAGAAUCACCACGUUAAAAGGUGCCUCUUUGCCAAGUUAGCAGGGGACUACAUAUUGAUAUCCAGCAAUAUGCUUUUAUAUGUGAAUCAGCCCUAGAUGACACACAGCUGAACUUGUGAACUGCCUCACUAGAGACAAGGGAGACCCCAAGUUGUGGGGAGCUCCAGGGGCAAAGUCCUGUAUGGGCCACCAUGGUGCUUCUGUCCCCAACACAUUUCCCUCCAAACUUACCUGAAUAAGCAGGGGAACUCCCUGCUCACAGGUGAGUGGUGGUGGUGGUGACCAGCUGCUCCCACCCUUCCCCACAGCAAAUGGGGAGGUGGCAGGAUGAAGUAGCAGUACAGUGCCCUCUUCUCCAGAGGGUGGAAGGAGGACAAAAUAUAACAUUUGCCAAAGGGGAGGGCUGGAGCUUGAGAGGAGAAGCCACCACAGACUCUUUUGCCUCCAUCCUCUCCCCCUCAUUGGAUGGGCCUUCCUGUCAGAGGCCUCUGUGUCAAAGCAGGAGGCUCUGUGAGGGAAAUCCCUUUGCGGAGGAGGAGGAGAUUGGGAGGAGAAAGUGGCACCAUAAUUCACACUGCGACUGCCUUCUCCUACCCUGUUGCUCGUUCACAUAUGGGAACAUUCCCAGAACAUUUUUAUCAGAGGCAUAGCAAGGUUGGAGUGGGCCCAGAGACAAGAUUUUAAAAUGGCCCCUCCCUCACUGAAGUAAAUAUACCUACACACACACCCCUAUGUGCCACAAUAGAACAUUAUCCUAAUUUUUUUUUUAAGGUUUUGUAAAUUGUGGAUGAUGCAAGUCGUUUAAUGGUACUAGAGAAAGACAGGCUGUUCUGGUAGCUCCAGGUCUUAACACUCACAUCAGUUUCAGAGGAUGAAUACAACUGAAGAAAGCCCGGGCGGGUGUGCAGCGGGGGGAGUCAGUCAUGUGACUUGCCUCUGGGGGGCCCCCAAGGCAGUGGGCCUCCAGACAACUGUCUCCCCUUGCCCUAUUAUAGUUACACCCCUGAUUUUCAUGUGCAGCUAGGAGAUGGCAGUGGCAGCAUAAGAGACAUGAAGUGUUGCUUGCCUCUUCCAGAAACUCCUACAUGGGCCGUAGUGACCCCCUACCUCUGGCGUUGGCCAUGAGCCCAAAGUAGCUGACCCUUGAUGCCACCUGCUUCAUAUUCAAUUGCUUGAUAAAUUGCCCCUCUUCAUUUUCAAACAGAUCUUCCUCCUCUACUUUUUCCUUUCACUCUCCUUCCCUUGUACAUCAUGUUGCAAGCCUGAUGUUAUGGUCCAUGUCUUUAUUCUGAUUUAUAUAAAGCACCUGCUUAAGUAGGCACUACAGAGGAUGUAUCUGAGCUGGUACCAGGCAUUAAAAAGUUAUGGCUCCUACACACACGCAGGUUAUCACUUGAUGCUGCAGUAUGACUGAUGUUGAACAUGCAUGUGUGCACCCAGCCUUCCUUUCAUGCAUUUAUGAGCAUAACCAUUUUUUGGCAAUAGUACUUUCUCUGGCCGGUUUGUCUGCAGUAGAACACAGAAGAGCACCAAUAAUUGUCAGUUGUUUAAAUAACUUAUUCAUAUAUAGUGAUUUAUAUGGGUAAUCCACAGAUCUGUCAGUUGAUCUUAUAUGUUUAAUUUCCUUUGCCACUAAUUCUAGUUACCAAAUACUUUUAUCAACAUGAGGGGUCCCCCCCCCAAAAAAAAUUAAUAUGUAUUUUUUUUUACCUCUGACAGCUGAUAAUUUAUUUUAAAUCUGGAGUGCAUCUUGGGGCAUUUUCUUUUAACAGGCUGUGGCCAAAUGAGAAGAGAGUUUUCAAAACAGAGAAUUAACUUCCUUUAUAAAUAAUACAGAGGGAGGACAGAGAAUGCCAUAGGUACAGAAAGAAACUACUCGCUGAACACUGAAAGAAGAGAGCCAGGUCUGACUACUGUAAUUUUUUGGGAGGCCUAUUAUCCCCUCUGAUUGCAGACCUCAUUGUUUGCUCUAUGCAAUUUCAUCAAAAAGACACACUCAGAUUUUACAAGAGGGCAAGGACAGGUUCAGAAGUUUUUCCACUUCAAAAAUAAUAAAUAUGUGAAUCUCUCCAUCCAGGGCAAAGUCUGAGAAGCUCUUUGAUUUAAACUGCUUGUAGGAGAGGUUCUCAAACUUGGGUCCCAAGAUGUUGGACUACAGUUCAUAUCAUCCCCUGCCACAGUGGCCAAAGGGGAUGGAUUGGAGUUGCAGUCCAACAACAUCUGGAGACCCACAUUUGAGACCCCCUGGUUAGAAUAAAAGCAUACUAUAGGGUACUAGGUAAGUUGCUAAAAUUGCUAAAAGGAUUGGAUCAGCAUUUCGAGAAGUUAACAGACUGUAUUAUUUUUUUAAAGCUGGAAAACAAAAAUUACAUUCAGAAGUCAUAUUAUAUUUAGGUUUCAAAACUACUAUGUAUAUAUUCAAGGUAUGUUUUGCAUCAUACAAAAUUCAGGAUAGUUACAUUUUGCUUGACUCAUUGUAGGUUAUUAGCACCUUUUUACAACUUAGCACAAGCCUAUGCAUAUUUUUAUGUGAAAGUGUCCCACUGUGUUGAUUAGGAUUCACUCCUAUGUAAGUGUGUAUAGGAUAGCAGCCUAAAGUCCAUAAUGUGAUACCAGAUUUCAUUUAUGGUAUUAUUUUAACUUUAAAGAAGUGGGUUAUUGACAUCAACUUUAUGCUUUUGCCCUCAUCCAGCAAAGGAGAUCCAUGCGCAUAAGCAGGCUUCUGUGUGUGUAUCACUUGCUGGGUUAGGAAGUGCACAUGUAAAUGGAUAUGGAUUACAGUGUACAUCCAGAUGUGCAUCUGAGUGUAAGAUACUGCCCGUCCACACGGCAUUGCUUUUAAUGGGUGCACAUCCCCAUCUACAUUCUGAUGCAACUAUUCAUGUGAAUAUAUAUAUAUUUUACACACAGUUAGAAUUGGUCAAGGAGAUGGCCUUGGCCUGUAUUGGUGAACAAGGCAGGAGAGCUCUAUAUUAAGUUAUGGAUGAAUCACUGAAAAAUAACUGCAAUUUGUUUAAUGAACUUAAUAAAGAAAUACUUUAAUGGUACCUGUACUUCAAAAAUAAUGAUUAUAGAACAUUAAUUUAUGUGUAGAGAAUUUGUAUUUAUUUUAUGGAUAUUUAGCAUUUUUGUAUAAGAUAUUUUUAUAUGACUGUAAAUCAUUAGGCCGCCUCCAGCCUUGGAAGCAAGAUGCCUCUGAAAACCAGUUGCAGGGGAGCAACAGCAGGAGAGAAGGCAUGCCCUCACCUCUUGCCUGGGGGCUUCCCAGAGGCAUCUGGUGGGCCACUAUGUGAAACAGGAUGCUGGACUAGAUAGGCCUUCGGCCUGAUCCAACACAGCUGUUCUUAUGUUCAUUCUAACAAAUAAAGGCAUUAAAGAAAUUUGUAGUAUUUUUUACCAUAUUAAAUCUAACUAACUGAAGGUACACCAGACUUUAUAGCAUUCUUUUAGCCAGUUUAUAUCUUUCAUUGUCAUGCUUCUCAGAAAGCUUUAGCUACUCAGACUGCUGCUCUUUGGUUUUUCUGUAUUAAAGGGGAUCGGUAUAUUCUCGCUGCCAUUAAAUUUUUCAAUGCAAA